CAUCCAAACACCUACAAGUCAAAGAAGAAAAAGAGAAUUUAUCCAUUCAUCCAACUACUAACACGAGUUGCAGCAACCCACAGAGCAACAUGCGUCUGUCUUCUAUAUCGCUCUGUAGCCUCCUUCUCAUUUUAAAGCUGCAGCUGACUAGUACAUAUCCCAUCAGCACUGGCUUGACUGACACUGACAUGGACAUCUUGAAGGUGCUCCUAAGCAGACUGGAAGAGUCUGUUUCAGACCAAACGGCAGUGGACCAAAAUGCCCCUGGACAGAGAGAUCUUCUAGACAGCCUUAGCAGAGAGGACGCAGGAGAUAGACAUCAGCCAGACACCGGACUAGAUGAAGCUGAAAUCCGGGAGUUUCUUUCGGCCAAGAACCUCAAGAGUGUCCGCAAUGAUUCAUCUAGGAAAUCCUCUGGUUGUUUUGGGCGACGGAUGGACAGAAUAGGCUCCAUGAGCUCUCUGGGGUGCAACACUGUGGGAAGAUACAAUCCAAAGUGUCAGAAUGCACUUGGGGCCGUCUACAAAAUGAUGGCACUGCCUGUCUGGCGCAUGAAGAAACAUAACAUGAGAACUGAGGUUCUGUGGGGUGUAUUGGCCCUGCUGUGUCAGCAAACACUGGUUAGCAGCCACAUACUGGGGAGGCCCUCAUCUGCUAAUGACCUGGCUCAGCUCAAGUCUUUGCUGGAACGCUUUGAGGAGACAUUGGAUGAAGUGGUCCAGAAAGAAGACUUGGAAGCUUAUUAUGAAGACAUGAACCAAGAGCCCAAAAGCAGCCAGGCCAGCCAAGGAUGGGACCAAGAGGGGAACCAAGAACCUCUGAUAUCUGAAAAAGCCCAACCACUAACUGAGGGCAAGACUGUGAAUCAGAGGAGCCGCCUCCAGGACCUGCUGAUGGCCACCAGGAAACGCACCUCUGGCUGUUUUGGAGCCAGGAUCGAUCGAAUAGGAAAUGCCAGUGGCUUGGGAUGCAAUAGUGGAAGAGGAUAGUCCAGCCUUUUCCCGGGGCGCAUGACGAAUUCUGCUGUUGGAACUGAAAUUAUAUCAGAGAAAUAUAGAGUUUGGAAAAGUAUGGUUUUGUAUUAGUUGCAUUUCAACUUUGUGUAUCUAUUUUGCAUGUUUCUGUGUCAGACAUGAGAAACUGGCUGUUUUUCAAGUAGGUAAUUAAUUCGAUAAGUCCAUUGUAGAUGAGCAACAUAAACACUUUAAUGGAAAAGAGUUAAACAACUACUGUAACUGCAUGUGGGGGUCUAACAAAAAUAAACAUAUUUUUUACUUACAUGAA